ACAAAUACCAGUACAAAUUUUAUUUUUACAAUUUAUAAGGCAAGUUUUCAUUGCGCAACACUGUCCAUUUAAGAACAUUUUGUUCUGUUUUGGUGUUUACUGUUUUCGUUUUAAGUGCUAGCCAGUGAGAAUGUAAACUUCAUCUGCGACUGCCGUCCAUGUGCCAACAAGAGCAAAGAGAUGAAAACACUGUAUUUCCUUUUAUAUGCCUGUACGCUGACAUGCGCACUGCUUGGUGUUGGAAUUAUUUUGCAAGAUUUAUCGGCACCAGCGCCAAACUUGGAGGGAACGUUAGUGAAUAUUCAUAAACCUGGUUACGCAAAAGUGAACAGGGACUUGUGUCGAAACAUCAAAAGUUUUUCAAAACUUCUGAUAUUGGUGUCAUCAGCACCGGGCAACUUUGAUAAGAGGCAGGCGAUACGCCUCUCAUGGGGUCACUUUGCGCUGAGACAUGAUGUGAUCAUCGGUUUCUUCCUUGGGGCGGUCACCAACAGUUCCGUACAAGGGCUGGUGGAAAAGGAAUCUACAACGUACAUGGACAUCAUACAAAAUAAAAAUAUUGAUUCCUAUAGAAACUUAACUUUGAAAUCUCUUUCUAUGUUGCAGUGGGUAAAUCAGUAUUGCCCUGGCAUUGGUUUCAUACUGAAGUCUGAUGAUGAUGUGUUUAUUAAUGUGCGCAACUUGUUGAGUUUUGUGGACACACAAAGGGAAACAAAAAAUACCAUAUUUGGCAACGUGGCUCGAAAUUGGAAACCGAUCAGGUCUCACAAUAAUAAAUAUUACGUAUCGGAUUUAUUGUUUCAAGAUGCCCUGUACCCGUCUUUCGCCACGGGCCCAGCUUAUCUGAUGACACAAGAUGUCCCAGCUCGUUUGACAUCUGCUGCCUUGAUGAAGGCCCCAUUUCCAUUAGAAGAUGUCUUCUUCACAGGCAUUGUUGCUGAGGAGUUGAAUAUAAAAAGGAUUAACAAUGUUCAGUUCCACCCAUACUUUAAGAAAAAAGUUCAUGAUGAUAUUACAAAAUUAAUCAGCAUUCACAAAAUCACAGCUCAUCAACAUUUAUCACUAUGGAACAAAGUAGCCAAUGAUUAUUUAAGCAAACUGGAAACUACACAUUUACUGUAUUAAAUAUAAAGUCUAAUUUUUGUAUGAAAAUAAAUCUUCAUUUAUAAAAAACAAAUGUGAGCAGUCUUUCAGUACUCACCAGUGAUGUGCAACAUCUAAACUCACUAACGAACAAAUUCAAGAGUUCUCAUGUUGCAAAUAAACUUAUAAUAUGAAACUUUACAUGAAAUUAAAUGUAGAAUUUUUUAGAAAAAAUGAUGAGCAUGAUAAUAUACAAAAAAAAUUGGUUGUCUGUAAAGUUGGUUUACGGACGAUAGUUUAACG